AUGGUGGAAAAAAUAAUGGUCGUAUUGCGGACACAAUUCAUCAAUCCCUUCCAACCUGAUCUUGACAAGGAUGAGUUGUUCAACUUGGUAUCGGGGUAUCCAGCUCCAGAGAAUGUACGCAACUGCUUACUCACACUUGAAUCGAGAGGAAAGGAGCUAAUGGAUGAAUUUCAGGACAGAAUUACAACGGAAUCAACAGGAUCGUCCAAAAUAGUUUUUUUUAGCCCAAUCAAGACGGAGACGCUCAAGACCUUCAAGAGUUUGGCCGUUAAAACCAAGUUAAUUAAAGAGCAAAGGAAAGUCAAAAGAACUUACAUUUCAGAGAGAUAUCUUGGGAAU